GAACAGAACAGCGAAACCCUUUCGUCCGGUGGAAUUCAAUUUCGCGGUUCUCCGUCCCCGGGACAAGGAUUCAGCAGAAGCUGGAAUCUUGUCUGAAUGAUCUGAUCGAUUCCCGUUAACUUGUUUCUGUUCAUCUCUUGGGUCUUUAAUUUUCUUGAUUGUCAUGGAGAACCCAGAACCAGAUGAGCCACUGAAGAAGAAGCCACACCAUUUUGACUCAGUUUCUCCGACCGCCAUGGCUCGGAACUCAUCUCCUUCUCAUGCCAGCCCCAAAAGUGUUGAUGCCACAGUUCUGCAGUUCCAGAAUCAAAAACUGGUUCAGCAGUUAGAUGUGCAGAAGAAACUGCUGCAUGAUCUUGAAACCAAGAUUGAAGAGUUGCGAAUCAACCAAACCUCUUAUGAUGACGAGCUUAUCUCAGUUAACGGGCUAUGGAAUCAGUUGGUUGAUGAUCUGACAUUGCUUGGAGCACGUGCUGGUGCCGGACCAGAAGCAUUAAAGUAUUUGGAUCAAGCAGAGAAAAAGCGAGGUUCAGUUCCACCAUGCGCCGCUGAUGAAAUGUUUCUAUGUAGACUUCUACAAGUGGAUUCUGUUGAAACUAGUAACAGUGAUGAAGUCGUAAGAAAAGUUGAAGAAGCUCUUGGUUUACGUCAUUCCUUUACGAUGGAGUUGAUGAGACUUUUCAAAGAUACCAUUGCCACUCAGAAAGCUAAAGUUGAAAGCAUAGCACAGAAUUUAAAUGCUGGAAAAUCAGCCGAAGAUGCCAUCAUCCAGUUGUCUAAAAUUGAUGAUUUGAUGAAUGAAGAGGCCAAAACUUUGCGUGAGGUGAUUGAUGCUUUGCAUUUGAGGCACAAAGAAUGUGCUGAGGAGAUUCAGGCAUAUAUUAGCUGCCACUCGACAGAUCAAUCUGAGCUUAAACACCUAAAAGGUCAAUUGGAAGAGAUCAAGGCCGAACUCGAAGAAAACAGAAGAAAAUUGAUAAACUUGAAAAUGCAAAAGGAUGCUGCAUAUGAAUCUCAGGCAACUACACCAGUAACUGCAAAUGGAAGCCUAUCUCCUGAGAAGCCUGUAGAUAAAAUGAAGUUGCGUGAAUUGAAGGAAUCAAUUGAAGAGAUUAAGAUAGUGGCAGAAGGUCGACUUUCUGAGCUUCAAGAUGCACAAGAGUAUAAUCUUUCAUUGUCAAGUCAAUGCCAAGAUAUCGAGAAUGAACUAAAGGAUGACCAGUAUAUAUACUCUUCUAAACUGUACAAUUUGAUCAAUGAUCAACUUCAUCAUUGGACUGUUGAACUGGAUCGGUACAAAAUUUUGACUGAUUCCCUUCAGGCGGAAAGGUCUUUUGUAAUGAGGCGGGAGAAGGAGCUGAAUGUAAGAGCAGAGUCUUUGGAGGCUGCUAACCCUAAAACCACUAGUGUCGAUUCUAGGAUAGAAGAUCUGGAACAGCAGCUACAGAGAUUUAUAAUUGAAAAGAAUGAUCUAGAACUUAAACUGGAAGAAGCUAUUCAAGAUUCAGAACGGAAGGAUAUCAAAACAGAGAUAAUUGUAAUGGCAUCGGCCUUGUCUAAGGAGAUGGAAAUGAUAGAAGCUCAGUUGAAUCGAUGGAAGGAAACUGCACAUGAAGCUCUUUCCUUGCGCGAGCAAGCUCAGUCACUGAGCGCUUCUUUAACUAACAAGGCGAAUGAACAGAAGGGAUUAGAAGAUACAUGCGCUGAACAGAUCGAGGAGAUUAAAUCCCUCAAAGCUCUUAUCGAGGAAAUGAUGAAAGAAAAAUUAGAGCUGCAAAAUCUAGCAAGCAUCUAUACCCGUGAAUGUAAUGAUGAAAGAUCAUUGGCAGAAAUUAAGGAAUCAGAACGCAGGGCUCAUGCCCAAGCUGAACAGCUGAAAAAUGCUCUAGAUGAACAUUUUCUGGAAUUGAGAGUGAAAGCUGCUAAUGAGACUGAAGCUGCUUGCCAAAAAAGGCUUGCCACAGCUAAGGCCGAAAUAGCUGAAUUAAGGUCUCAACUAGAUGUUUCAGAAAGGGAGGUUCUUGAACUUAAGGAGGCUAUUAGAAUCAAAGAGCAAGAAGCAGAGGCAUCAAUGGCUGAAAUGGAGACUGUUGGUCAAGCCUAUGAAGACAUGCAGACACAGAACCAACAUUUGUUGCAGCAGGUGACUGAGAGGGACGAUUAUAAUAUCAAGCUUGUUUCAGAAAGUGUCAAAACAAAGAAUGCUUACAGCAUUCUGUUAUCUGAGAAGCAAGCAAUGGCAAAGCAGCUUCAACAAGUUAAUGCAUCAGUAGAAUCUCUAAAAGCAAGGAUUGCACAUAAUGAAGAACAGAUGAAAGGUUGUCUGUCUGAGGCUUACAAAUUGAUUCAAGAAGACCGUCACCUUGCUAUCAGUCUCGAAACCACCAAAUGGGAAUUAGCUGACUCUGAAAAGGAAUAUAAGUGGCUCAAGUCGGCUAUAUCUUCAUCUGAGAAGGAGUAUGAGCAGAUCAGCCGGUUGACUAAUAACAUCAAAAUAAAAUUGGAUGAUGAAAGGAGUGAGAAGAAGAAGCUCGAGGAAGAGCUGAUUGAGUUAAACAAGGAGCUUGCUGAGUUGAGUUCCGAGAGUGUAGAAGCCGCGAUACAGAGACUACAGGAAGAGAUAAAGAACUGCAAAAACAUCCUUAAGUGUGGCGUCUGCUUUGAUCGGCCUAAGGAGGUGGUGAUAGUGAAAUGCUACCACCUCUUCUGCAACCAAUGCAUCCAAAGGAGCCUAGAGAUCAGGCACCGGAAAUGUCCUGGCUGCGGCACCGCCUUUGGCCAGAACGACGUCCGGUUCGUGAAAAUGUAAUAACACAUACGCAUGGCGUUGUACAUAAAAUAAGGUCCACAUCUCUCUCUCUCUCCCACUCUCCAAAAGAACGUUUACAUGUCAGAAUAUCAUUGUUGACGACCCUUUUCUCUUUGGGUAUCUUCUUUUACAAAAAAAAGGUGAUGUGGAACUUAUGUUUAUGGAUACAUACAGUGUUGGAGUUGUGUAGGGUUCCAGGAACUGUCGGUGACGUUGGGGUUGUCUCCUUUUAUACGCCUUUCUUUUAUGACAUGGGGACCUGACAACAGAGACCGGUGGUAGUUAGUUAUAUCUCUCUUCCCUUCUGUAGCUAAUGUCGGUUUAUAUUUCUCGUAUAUAUAAAUAUGGUAGGGCUCAAUCCCUAACCCUAACUCGAUAAUUGAUUUUUAAAAGCUAUAUUUGUUUGGAUAUCCGGGUUUCUAAUGUAAAAUAUUGAAAUGCAAUA